AAAUUUAGAUAAUGUGGAAGAGAUUGGGACUUGUUCCUAUAUUAACCAUGUGAUUACAAUGACCACACUCUAUAUCCAGCAGCUGAAGACUAAGACCAAAGAGAAAGAAGUGGCAGAUCAAACAUCUAUAGAAGAGUUUGUGAGACAUGCCAUGGCUUUUUGUGAAAGUCUUUAUGAUCCAUAUAGGAAUUGGAGGCAAAGAAUUGCAGGGCGCAUUCUGACCACAGUUGAAAAAAGUAGACAAAAAUACAAGCCAGCUUUACUCACAGUGGAAUUUGUCCCUUUCUUUUACCAGAAAUGCUCUACAAGCCAUCUCUCCGGCCACCAUGGAAGUCUUGAUGCGUGUCCUGGCAGAUUGUGACACGUGGGAUAACAGAGAUCCGGAUGACGUGAGCAGGAAGGCUGAGUUGACGUUGAAGUGCCUGACGGAAGUGGUGCACAUUCUUCUCACUAGUAGUUCGGACCAGCGGCAAGUGGAAACCAGCACCAUAUUGGAGAACUAUUUCAAGCUGCUGAACUCGGAUCAUGAGGCUUUGCCCAACUCAAGAAGGUCCCGCCAGUGGGAGAGCAGGUUCAUUGCACUGCAGGUUCAAAUGCUGAAUGCAAUCACCGCUAUGUUGGACUGCGCAGAUCGGCCUGUUCUGCAAGCUAUUUUCCUUAAUAGUAACUGCUUUGAGCAUCUUAUUCGACUGCUGCAGAAUUGCAAGCUAUUUUUAAAUGCUAACAAUAAGGUGGCAGACAAGAAUGAGAAAGACCAUGCCAACAAAUUGUUGGCGGAAAUGAAUCAGGAACAGGUAUCUCCUGCAGGUUUCAUUCUGUUCUUAGCUGAAGUCAAGGCCCCCAUGGCAGGUGGUUAUGAAUGUUUCCUGGACUUCACUUUGAAUAGGCUUCCUGAAAAAAAAAAAACUUAAGAUGAGUUUUGACUUACUCGCAUGCAGUAUUCACAUGCAAUUUAUUAUUUCCGUUAACCCCAAACCCGUGUUUUAAAUCUAAAUUGUAUUUCGAGAUAUGAGGUGUCUAAUCAGUAUAAUAAUACUCCAUGUCUUUUUUUCUAAAACUGAGAAAAGUGAAGUCCAAGAAUGGAAUUCAAAUUUGAAAACAAUCAACUGGGUGAUUCUUGUUUUUAUUUUGUUACCUGUCCUUCCUUUCUUGAUUCCCCCCCCCCCUUUCUUUCAUCUGUUGGUCUGCGCACUCUGGUGUAACAAGCUGUGGGACUUCCUGGUAUCUCUGGAAUUUGAUUUGAAAUCUUGAUUCUAUUGCCAGAAGAUCAGAGUUCAUAUUUCAACGGACAGUCUGAAUCUGAGAGGGGAGAUGUAACUGAUGGAUUAUUUUUUUUAAUAUUUCCUUUAUGAAGAACUGAACAAUGUCAGUUCUCCCCCCCCUUUUUUUUGCUUCCUUAAAAAAAGAUCUAGCGGCCUUAAUAUAAGAGGUUUGCAUAUAGUUAAAAGUGAAUGUAAACAAUGCAUGUCAAACUCCAAUUCUUUUAAUGUAAUAGCAGUCAAGCAUAAUGCAUUAUUGCAAAAAGGUUAAUUCUAAUAUAUAUACACACUAAAUACAUACCUACUUCCCUGGCUCAGCUGAUAAGGAGGAGA